AUGUCGCGGAGGAAACAAGCGAAGCCUCAACAUUUCCAAUCCGACCCCGAAGUGGCCUCGCUCCCCCGGCGAGAUGGAGACAUGGAAAAGGGUCAACCAAAUGGAACCACUAAGAACAAGGAUGCCCACGUCUGUGGCAGGUGCUGUGCCGAAUUCUUUGAAUUAUCAGAUCUUCUGCUCCACAAGAAGAACUGUACUAAAAAUCAAUUAGUUUUCAUCGUAAAUGAAAAUCCUGCUUCCCCUCCUGAAACCUUCUCCCCCAGGCCCCCGUCUGCUAAUCCUGAUGAACAAAUGAAUGACAUAACUAACAAAACAGAUCAAGUAGACUGCAGUGACCUUUCAGGACACAACGGGCUUGACAGGGAAGAGUCCAUGGAGGUGGAGGCCCCAGUAGCUCAUAAAAGCGGCAGCAACGGUAGUACCACCCCCAGCUGCAACGGCAGCUCCUCCACAGGUACCUCAGCUACCACAACCUCACUACCUCAACUCGGGGACCUGACAACACUGGGCAAUUUCUCCGUGAUCAACAGCAACGUCAUCAUUGAGAACCUCCAGAGCACCAAGGUGGCGGUGGCCCAGUUCUCCCAGGAAGCGAGGUGCAGUGGGGCCUCUGGAGGCAAACUGGCCAUACCAGCCCUCAUGGAGCAGCUCCUAGCAUUGCAGCAACAGCAGAUUCACCAGCUGCAACUGAUCGAACAGAUUCGCCACCAAAUAUUGCUGUUGGCUUCACAGAAUGCAGACUUGCCAACAUCUUCUAGUUCUUCUCAAGGUACUUUACGAACAUCUGCCAACCCCUUGUCCACACUAAGUUCCCAUUUAUCUCAGCAGCUGGCGGCAGCAGCUGGAUUAGCACAGAGCCUCGCUAGCCAAUCUGCCAGCAUCAGUGGUGUGAAACAGCUACCCCCAAUCCAGCUACCUCAGAGCAGUUCUGGCAACACCAUCAUUCCAUCCAGUAGUGGCUCUUCUCCCAAUAUUAACAUAUUGGCGGCAGCAGUGACUACCCCGUCCUCAGAAAAAGUGGCUUCAAGUGCUGGGGCCUCCCAUGUCAGCAACCCAGCAGUCUCCGCAUCACCUUCACCAGCUUUUGCAAUAAGCAGUUUAUUAAGUCCUGCAUCUAAUCCACUUCUACCUCAGCCGGCCCCUGCUAACUCGGUUUUCCCCAGCCCUUUGACCAACAUUGGAACAACUGCAGAGGACUUAAACUCCUUGUCUACCUUGGCCCAGCAGAGAAAAAGCAAGCCACCAAAUGUCACUGCCUUUGAAGCAAAGAGUACUUCGGAUGAGGCAUUCUUCAAACACAAGUGCAGGUUCUGUGCGAAGGUCUUUGGGAGUGACAGUGCCUUGCAGAUCCACUUGCGCUCUCAUACCGGAGAAAGGCCCUUCAAAUGCAACAUCUGUGGGAACAGGUUCUCCACCAAGGGAAACCUCAAAGUCCACUUUCAGCGCCACAAAGAGAAAUACCCUCAUAUCCAGAUGAAUCCAUAUCCUGUGCCUGAGCAUUUGGACAAUAUUCCCACAAGUACCGGGAUUCCAUAUGGCAUGUCCAUUCCCCCUGAGAAGCCAGUCACCAGCUGGCUGGACACCAAACCAGUCCUGCCUACUCUGACCACUUCGGUUGGCCUGCCAUUGCCCCCAACUCUCCCUAGCCUCACACCAUUCAUCAAGACGGAAGAGCCAGCCCCCAUCCCCAUCAGCCAUUCUGCCAGCCCAGCAGGCUCAGUCAAAAGUGACUCUGGGGUCCCUGAGCCAACCAUAAGAAACCCGACUGCCUUCCUUGAGGAAGCGGAAGGAUCCACUCUGCCACCCUCCAGUGGCAAAAUCGAAGAAAGCAGUGUGGUCAUCAGCUCCAUCCCAACAGCAAGCAACAGCUCCCUGAGCUCUCCAGCUGGGGACUCUGGGUCAGGCAACACUGCCACAUUCACCAACCCGCUGUUGCCACUCAUGUCAGAGCAGUUCAAGGCUAAGUUCCCAUUUGGGGGACUGCUGGAUCCGGCCCAGGCAUCAGAGACAUCCAAGUUGCAGCAACUGGUUGAGAACAUUGACAAGAAGGCAACUGACCCCAACGAGUGCAUCAUCUGCCACCGAGUUCUCAGUUGUCAGAGCGCCUUGAAAAUGCACUACCGGACACACACUGGGGAGAGGCCCUUUAAGUGUAAGAUCUGUGGCCGGGCUUUCACCACGAAAGGGAAUCUGAAAACUCAUUAUAGUGUCCAUCGGGCUAUGCCACCACUCCGAGUCCAACAUUCCUGCCCCAUCUGUCAGAAGAAGUUCACCAACGCUGUGGUCCUGCAGCAGCACAUCCGAAUGCACAUGGGAGGCCAGAUUCCCAACACCCCGAUCACAGAGAGCUACCCGGAAUCCAUGGAGUCAGAUACAGGCUCCUUUGAUGAAAAGAAUUUGGAUGACCUUGACAACUUUUCUGAUGAAAACAUGGAAGAUUGUCCUGAGGGCAGUAUUCCCCAUACGCCCAAGUCUGUGGAUGCAUCCCAAGACAGCUUGUCUUCUUCGCCUCUGCCCCUAGAGAUGUCGAGCAUUGCUGCUUUAGAAAAUCAGAUGAAGAUGAUCAAUGCUGGCCUAGCAGAGCAGCUGCAGGCCAGCCUGAAGUCGGUGGAAAAUGGGUCCAUCGAGGGGGAUGUCCUGACCAACGACUCGUCCUCGGUGGGAGGUGAUGUGGAAAGCCAAAGUGCUGGGAGCCCAGCCAUUUCAGAGUCUCCCUCUUCCAUGCAGGCUCUGUCCCCAUCCAACAGCACCCAGGAACUCCACAAGUCAGCCAGCAUGGAGGAGAAAUCUCAGAGAGCAUUAACAAGUGAGUUUGCCAAUGGUUUAUCACCCACCCCAGUGAAUGGUGGAGCUUUGGAUUUGACCUCUAGUCAUGCAGAGAAAAUCAUCAAAGAAGAUUCCCUGGGAAUCCUCUUCCCUUUCAGAGACCGGGGUAAAUUUAAAAACACUGCUUGUGACAUUUGUGGCAAAACAUUUGCUUGUCAGAGUGCCUUGGACAUUCACUAUCGAAGUCAUACCAAAGAGAGACCAUUUAUUUGCACAGUUUGCAAUCGUGGCUUUUCCACAAAGGGUAAUUUGAAGCAGCACAUGUUGACACAUCAGAUGCGAGAUCUACCAUCACAGCUCUUUGAGCCCAGUUCCAACCUUGGCCCCAAUCAGAACUCCGCAGUGAUUCCCGCCAACUCGCUGUCAUCUCUCAUCAAGACAGAGGUCAAUGGCUUUGUGCAUGUUUCUCCUCAGGACAGUAAGGACACCCCCACCAGUCACAUCCCUGCUGGGCCUCUGUCAUCCUCUGCCACAUCCCCAGUUCUGCUCCCCGCUUUGCCCAGGAGAACUCCCAAACAACACUACUGCAACACAUGUGGGAAAACCUUCUCCUCUUCGAGUGCCCUGCAGAUUCACGAGCGAACCCACACUGGAGAGAAGCCCUUUGCUUGCACUAUUUGUGGAAGAGCUUUCACGACAAAAGGCAAUCUGAAGGUACACAUGGGCACUCACAUGUGGAAUAGCACCCCUGCACGGCGAGGUCGGCGGCUCUCUGUGGAUGGCCCCAUGACAUUUCUAGGAGGCAAUCCUGUCAAGUUCCCAGAAAUGUUCCAGAAGGAUUUGGCGGCAAGAUCAGGAAGCGGGGAUCCUUCCAGUUUUUGGAAUCAGUAUGCAGCCGCGCUCUCCAAUGGGCUGGCGAUGAAGGCCAACGAGAUCUCUGUCAUUCAGAAUGGUGGCAUCCCUCCAAUUCCUGGAAGCCUUGGCAGUGGCAGCAGCUCACCUAUUAGUGGGCUGACGGGAAAUCUGGAGAAGCUCCAGAACUCGGAGCCGAAUGCUCCUCUGGCUGGCCUGGAGAAAAUGGCAAGCAGUGAGAACAGAACCAACUUCCACUUCACCCGCUUUGUGGAGGACAGCAAAGAGAUUGUCACAAGUUAA